AUGGACUACGCAAUGGAGGAUACUCAGAACGCCGCGCCUGAAGCUCUUGAGGCGAGCAAGCUGAGCUCUGCAAGCCAGAGAAAUGACAUUCAGAGCGUGACAAAACGCCUCCAAACGGAGCUGAUGCAGCUAAUGAUGUCUCCCUCACCCGGCAUCUCCGCCUUCCCCAACGCAGACGGCAACCUUCUCAACUGGACGGCCACGAUCAGCGGACCGAACGAGACACCAUACGAGGGACUGACCUUCAAGCUCUCCUUCGCCUUCCCUAGCAACUAUCCUUACUCGCCCCCUACGGUUCUCUUCAAAACGCCCAUCUACCACCCCAAUGUCGACUUCUCCGGCCGGAUCUGCUUGGAUAUCCUCAAAGACAAGUGGAGUGCCGUAUAUAACGUGCAGAGUGUCCUACUGAGCCUACAGAGCUUGCUCGGGGAGCCCAACAACGCGAGCCCUCUAAACGCCCAAGCAGCUGAGCUCUGGGACACAGACAAGGAAGAGUACAAGCGCCACGUCCUCACGCGACACCGCGAUAUCGAAGACAUUGAGUGA